CUGUAAUCCAGCCACAGGAAGAUGACUCUGAGGCUUUGCUGUGCCUGCAUUUGUCUCCUUCUCCUUCCUGGCCUCUCAGAUGGAGGGAAACUCCUGGUGGUGCCCAUGGUAGGAAGCCACUGGCUUAGCAUGCAGAAAGUGGUUGAAAAGCUCGCCGAGAGAGGACAUGAGGUGGUGGUGCUUAUGCCAGAAGUGAGCUGGAAUAUGAAAGUGACCCAGGCUUACACUGUGAAAACACACCCAGCGACUCUGACGCUAGAAGAACUGGACAAUGCCUUUCGUGAGUAUGUUGCCACUCACCUGAAGGAUCUGUCUUUCCCAAUGAAUGCUCUAGCAAUAUACAAGAGCUCAGUGCAUGUUUUCAAUAGUUUCUUUACUCAGUGCAGGGACCUCUUCAACAGCAAGGAGACUCUGCAGUACUUGAAUCAAAGCAGCUUUGAUGCUGUCCUAACAGAUCCCAUUUUUAUGUGUGGCGCAACCCUUGCUAAUUAUCUUUCUCUUCCAUCUGUGUUCUUCAUGAGAGGAUUUCCCUGCAGCUUACACUAUGAAGCACCACAGUGCCCAAACCCUCUCUCCUACAUCCCAAGGCUAUUUUCCUUCAACUCAGACCACAUGACAUUUUUACAGAGAGUUGAAAAUGCACUGAUUGCCCUCAUGGAACUUGUGUACUGUAAUGGUUUAUAUAAUGACAUAGUACAGCUUUCCUCAGAAGUUCUUCAGAGAGAUGUAUCUGUGUUGGACCUCAUAAACUCUGCUUCCAUUUGGCUUCUGAGAUUUGACUUUGUGUUUGAGUAUGUGAGGCCAGUGAUGCCCAAUAUGGUGUUUGUUGGAGGUACAAACUGUGUUCAGCAGAAACCACUGUCUAAGAACCUUGACUUCAAGAGGACAGAAUUUGGCUUGCUGAGGAAACUGGUUGACAGAAUGCCUUGGGAUGCAGUCCUGAAGGACAAAGGAGUUCAUGAAGACUGGACAUUGUUCAAGAAGGAAGGCUUAAAGGCACAGUAG